ACUGCGCAAGCGCGCCUGGGUGGCUGGACUUCGGUCGCCAGCUUACCAAGGAGGAGGCUGUGCCAUAACCGCUAGGCUGUUUGGCAGUUGGCUCCGCCUAGGCCGGGCCCCGCGUCACCGGAGCCCUCCUGGUCACUCCUGUCAGUGCGAACAGUCUGCGUCAGAACCUCUACAAGUUGUCUACUCUUGGGCACUCAGGUUGCCCUGGCAACGAAUGAAACUCCACCCCUUGAUCCUGAAAGAAGCACAGGACACUAAGAGUGUGGUCCGUCCAUCGGGAUGCUCUGCCUCCUGGGAACCUGACUCCGCCUCCUGGGAACCUGACUCCGCCUCCUGGGAACUUGAGCUAAAGCUUCGAUGGAAACAAGCGUCCUUGGCUGCUCCAGUUAGGAAGAAGAGCGUGCUCUUCCUCCACCUGGCUCCUGAUUUUCUAUCAGCGCUGGAGGAUCUGCUGCAGCCCACACACUGCCUGACUGGAGCUGGGAGUGAGGCUUCCAGAAGAGUUCCACGGAGGCUGUGUGGUACAGAUCUUCAUGACCCGGUACCAGGCAGCCCUGUUGGGUCUCGGCCUGCUCCUCAUGUUCCUACUGUACAUGGGGUUGCCUGGCCCACCCAAGCAGACUUCCCAACUCGGGAGAGGUCCUAAUGUCACAGUCCUGACUGGUCUCACCAGAGGCAGCUCUCAGAUCUUUUACCGGGAGGUGCUGCCGCUCCAGCAGACACACAGGGCGGAAGUCCUGUUUCUCCAUGGGAAAGCAUUUAAUUCCCACACAUGGGAGCAGCUGGGUACACUGCAGCUACUCUCAAAGAGGGGCUACCGGGCCGUGGCCGUCGACCUUCCAGGUUUUGGGAACUCAGCCCCUUCAAAGGAGGUGAGCACAGAGUCAGGCCGAGUGGAGUUGCUGGAGGGCGUGCUCCGGGACCUACAGCUGCAGAAUACUGUGUUGACCCCAACUCUUAUCCUGUAUGGGGAACUGGACCACACCUUGGCACGAGAGUCGCUUCAGCAGCUCCGCCACCUGCCCAACCACUCCGUGGUGAAGCUGCACGAUGCAGGUCAUGCCUGCUAUCUCCACAAGCCAGAAGCCUUCCACCUUGCCCUCCUUGCCUUUCUCGACCAUUUGCCUUGAAUGGACUCACUUCCCAGGACCCACCUCGAAGAGUCUAGACCUCCUCAUUCUCCUCUUCCAGGGUGACAGUCCCUGGCUGUGAUUGGGGGACAGGGGAUCAAACCUAACCAGGACUUUUGUAUUCCAUUUCACAGGCACAAUAAAGAAAAGCCUUUUUGUCUUGCCUGGA